GAUCAGGCUCAGCUGCCGGGCUGGGCUGGGCUGUGUGAGCUGCUGCUUGUCGUCCCAAGACGAAGUCGUAAUAGAAACUUCCCUUCCUUGGCUGCUUAAACUUUUUUUUCCUGUGGCUGGAAAGAAGUGUCACAUUUUGCUCCCUCCCAACCCUUCUCCCCCACCCCCUCCCAGGGAUCGUGAGCGCGUGUGGAGGGGGUGCUGAGAGCCACCUCCAGCCUCGGGUGACUGCGGAAACUUCCAGCUCCUCUCACUGUAACGCUAUGAAGUUCCUCAGGGAGGCCAGGAGCCGGACAGCUGCUUUUCUGUCUCUUUGCUUGCUCUUCUUGAAGAUUCUGCAACCAGGGCACAGCCACCUUUAUAGCAACCGCUAUGCUGGUGAUAAGGUGAUAAGACUUUAUCCCAUUACAGAAGAGGAAGCGUAUGCACUGAAGAAAAUAUACCACCAACUCAAGGUGGACCUGUGGCAGCCCAGCAGUAUCUCCUAUGUAUCAGAGGGAACAGUUACUGAUGUCCAUAUUCCCCAAAAUGGUUUCCAAGCCCUGUUAGCCUUCUUACAGGAAGCCAACAUCCAGUACAAGAUCCUCAUAGAAGAUCUUCAGAAAGCACUGGAAGAGGGAAGCAGUUUGCGAAACCAGAGAAAUCGAAGAUCCCUCUCUGGAUAUAAUUAUGAAGUUUAUCACUCCUUAGAAGAAAUUCAAAAUUGGAUGCAUCAUCUGAAUAAAACUCAUUCAGGCCUCAUUCACAUGUUCUCUAUUGGAAAAUCAUACGAGGGAAGAUCUCUUUUUGUUUUAAAGCUGGGCAGAAGAUCACGAGCUUACAAAAGAGCUGUCUGGAUAGACUGUGGUAUUCAUGCAAGAGAAUGGAUUGGUCCUGCCUUUUGUCAGUGGUUUGUAAAAGAAGCUCUUCUAACAUAUAGGAGUGACCCAACCAUGAGAAAAAUGUUAAAUCAUCUGUAUUUCUAUAUCAUGCCUGUGUUUAACGUUGAUGGAUACCAUUUUAGCUGGACCAAUGAUCGAUUUUGGAGAAAAACGAGGUCAAGGAACUCAAGGUUUCGCUGCCGUGGAGUUGAUGCCAAUCGUAACUGGAAAGUGAAAUGGUGCGAUGAAGGAGCUUCUAUGCACCCUUGUGAUGAUACGUACUGUGGACCUUUCCCAGAAUCUGAGCCAGAAGUGAAAGCUGUAGCUAACUUCCUCCGAAAACACAGGAAGCACAUUAGGGCUUACCUCUCCUUUCAUGCAUACGCUCAGAUGUUGCUGUAUCCCUAUUCUUACAAAUAUGCAACAAUCCCCAAUUUUAGCUGUGUGGAAUCUGCAGCUUAUAAAGCUGUGAAUGCCCUUUGGUCGGUAUACGGGGUACAGUAUAGAUAUGGACCUGCUUCCAGCACAUUGUAUGUGAGCUCUGGUAGCUCAAUGGAUUGGGCCUACAAAAAUGGAAUACCCUACACAUUUGCUUUUGAACUACGUGACACUGGGCAUUUUGGAUUUUUACUCCCCGAGGCGCUCAUCAAACCCACCUGUACAGAGACCAUGCUGGCUGUGAAGAAUAUCACAAUGCACCUACUAAAAAAGUGUCCCUGAGACAGCCCAAGAGUCAGAUCAACCACCAGAGACGGAGCUGAUACUGCGCAAGAGCUACUUGGUAAUGGGUAGAAAUUGUUUUUAAAGAAACAGGCAACUGCUUAGCAUGAAUAUCUCUGUGGACUUCAAAAGGACCUUCUCAUGCAAUUCAACUCUCUGUGGCAAUAAAAAAGGAUAAAAAAAAUAGAGCAUAGCCUAGUUUGUUGUAAGAGAAAGCAUCCAUCUCAUAUCCCUUUAGAGUCUUAUUUGAUUAAGGGGGGAGGAAAUAUUUUCAAAUUCUUUUGUCUCGAGAAACGUACAAAUUGAGGAUUUCGCUUCAAUAAAUCUCAUGUUUUCAAUU